CAGACUCCGCCCUAGCCCCAAUUACCCGAGUCCUUGCUUUCAACCACCCACCCACCAUGCUCUCCUCAUAUCCUCAGACCCCCACUGCGCCAAGACAGCUCAUAGGAACCCUACAGAGACCCUCAUAAACCCAGACACCCACGGACAUCCCCACAGAUAAUCCGCAAACCUUACCCAGAGACUCUCAAAGAUAUCCUGCAAACCUCCUCAAAAGAAGUGAACCCUCUAGGUUCGUCCCCUCCAGGUCCAAUGCAGCCCCCUGAGGAGACCUCACCCACUGGGGAAGUGACCAGACUGCUGUUGACACUGAGAUUACUGGGCGUUCCGGUUGCCUUGGAAUUCAAGUCUCUUCCCCAAGUCAUAGACUUGCAGGCAAGGCCUGUCACCACACAGGCCCUGAAGCCAGGUCUCAUCCACAACCAAGAGCCUUGCUUCCCUUGGGGCUAACGCUUCCCCUUCCCAGCUUCAAACAAGAUCAUGACCUAAGGACUUGUAACAGCCAAGCCAAAGCCCAAAGAUGGAGGCAGACAAGGUCAUAGAAGAGCCUCAAACCACCAUGGAUGCAGAGGAGCACCCUUCUUCAAAGGACCCCUCUGCUGAGGACUCACAGGAGCCCCCUAUCACUGAAACCCCCUUGGAGUCUUCCAUCUCUGAGACCCCUUUAGAGCCCCUUACCCCUGAAACUCUUUUGGAGCCUUCCACUUCCCAGACCCCUUUAGAGACCCACACCUCUGAAACCUCUUUGAAGCCUUCCAUCCCUCAAACCCCUUUAGAGCCACAUGCCUAUGAAACUCUUUUGGAGCCUUCCACCUCCAAGGCCUCUACCCCUGAGAGCCCGUUGGAGAGUCACAUCUCUAAGGUCCCAGAGAAACACCUUAGUUUUCAUAACUCAUCACCAGGCCAUAGCUCUAUGUCUUCCUCUGAUACUAUGAAGGAAGACUUCUUUUCUGAAUCUUCCUCCAGGAAGCCCUCAUGGAGAAGAUCCGCCCAGACCUCUGAAUCAGAGAUCCUUGAACAGCACUCCCUUUCAGGCCCUUCAGCCCAGGUCCACCUGGACACAUCGGCAAAGGAAAGGGAAGAGGACGAAGAGAAGGAGGAGGUAGAUACCUCUAUCGUCACCACUCACACAGCUCAGCCUGGACGUCAUCCCGGAAAGAAGAAGAAAGGAAUUAGCCGUUACAAAGCCCACCCAGUGGUCCCUGCUAAACAGGCAGAGUUGGUGGAAGUGGCUAAGGCAAUGCACAGAGAGAAGUUUGGUGCUCAGGUGAAUAAUCUUUUCCAGUGGGAGAAGAAUGCAGCCCUGAAUGCCAUCCAGACAGGUCUCUACAUUGGCUGGCGUUGCCCCCAUUAUCUAUGGGACUGUUUCCGAAUUGGGGAUGAGUCCAAGUGCUUUUGUGGACACUUGUUGAGAGAGCACCAGAUCAUCUCAGACAUAUCUGUGCCUUGCAAUGUGGGCCAGUGCCGCUGCCUCAUGUUCUGCUUUAUCCCAUCACGCCCGGAGGAAGUGGGUGAGUUCUGGCUCAAGAGACGAGCCACCUUUGACCCCAAGGCCUGGAGGGCCCAAUGUCGCUGUAAACACAGCCAUGAAGACCAUGCAGCUACCAGGUCCCAUCCCUGCAGAGUCAAAGGCUGUUGCUGCAAUUGCUUUGAGUCUAAUUUCCUCUGUGCGGCCUGUGACCGGCGCUGGGAGGAACACGAGACUUUCUUUGAGACUGAGGAGACCCGGCGACGAGGAGGGAGGCCUCACGGAGCAGACUAUGUGCCUUUUGCAGAGAUGCCUACCCUUCGAGAAACCAUCAUCAGCAACUCUGACUUCAAGGCCCUACAGAAGCAGGGGCCCUCUGGCCAACGCAGCUCCCACCCUAGUCCCCCUGGGCUCCCUGGCUCAAGCAGCCUCAAACCUGGCCCUACAUUUGACCCUCGUACCUGAUUCUUUCACCUCUAUUCUCCUCUCCUCCAGGAACAGACAAUGUCAACACCUGGCACAGGCCUCUAUGAGCCUGACCCAGAUCAGCAAUAAAGGAGAAGCCACUGG